AUGGCGGGUUUGAAGUAUUCCCGCCCAAAUAAAAACAAUUUCAUACUCAAAAAAAUGAACCAAUAUGAGGUCAUUCAAACUUUGAGUGAUCAUCAAUUCAUAUGUUUGAAACUAAGCGAUGAAGUUUCAUAUAGGAAACAUAGAGACGAACGAAAGCGGAAGAGACCGCAUUACUUGAUUACCAAACAAUAUCUUUAUUCAUAUGAUCAUGAAAAAUAUACUUCGGAAGAUGAAAAACUCUACUCCAAAUACAAGGAUAUUCAUGAGAGGAUUGAUUGUUUAUUAUUUUUGCGAGAGAAGGAUAUUGUUAAUUUAUUGGAUUGUUUUUAUUUUGAACAAAUUGAGAAGAAUUCUAAAUACACAGAUAAAUACUUUUGUACAGUGGAACAAUUGGAUGAUAUUGUAUCGUUACGAUACUUGCUGUACAAGAACAGAUCUAGGAAUACUAAGGAACAUCAACCACUGAAAAAUAGUCUAAUUUUCUCAAUAAUGACUUGUUGUUUGGAGAGUUGUCGAAUACUGCAUGCACUAGGAGAGCCAUACUUUUCACUUUCGCCAUGCAACAUUCUAAUUAAUAAGAGGACUAGAAAGGUUUCAAUGAGGCCGUUUAUUAUUGACAAGCUUGAGUUUUUAAGAAAGUACAUUGAUGAACCACUUGGAGAAAGUCAUAUCGAUCCAUACACUGUCAAAUUCACUGAGAACAACAAGGUAGUGGUGAAGGAAUUCUUUGAAAAUCAGAUUUGGUACUCGCCCCCAGAGUUUGUUUUCAGGCUUUGUAACGAUAUUGACAUUUACAAAAUGACGAAACACAAGAAGAAAGUUUACAAAGAGCUGAAACAUAAUUUUGUUAAUUCUCUAGAAGUUGAUAUUUGGGCUGCUGGCUGCAUAUUUGCUGAAAUGGUUCUUCCAUAUCCAUUAUUUAGCGCCAAAACGUUAGAAGAUCAAGUGACCAAUACUAUUUCAGUGCUGGGGUAUGGUUCAUCAGAUAAUAGAGCUGAAACUCCAAAGUAUGUUUGGGAAAAUCGGCUAUUUGCUGCUCUUGCUAAAAAGAAUAUCAAGAUUAACAAAUUGGCAGCUCUCAAGGGGUUCCUUACCUCCAAUCCCUAUUUUGAAAUUUCUGGAAUAGCAUUACAAACACUGGCUUGCAUGUUUGAAUACAAUCCAGCAAAAAGACCAAGUGCUUUGAACUUAAUGAAAAUACCAAUCUUUCACUCACUGGACUCAUCAACCAUGUACUAUAGAAAACUAACCGAGGAGGAAAGAAAGGCUGAAAAGGAAGGUUUGAAUCCAAUCCUUGUGGCCUAUGUUAAUAAGGUUGAAGAGGAGCAAAUACAGGCUUCCCACAAUAGAUCUUCAAUAUCAGAACAACCAAAGGAAAACAAUAAUAACACGACUACGGAUUCCAUAUAUGAGGAGAGCAUAAUGCUAGCCUCUCUACUGAAUGAUAAAACUAAAAAGCGAGCAUCACCAGAAAAGGUUAUGGUGGAAUCUAGGGAAAAAGACCUUCAACACAAGAAGGGUGAAAAUCUUGUAAAUUAUUUAUCUGAUAAUGAGACUAAGAAUACAAGUUCGUUUGUAGCCCUCACUUGUGCCUUUGGAAAAUUAGAGAAAAUUUACAGGCAACAAUUAACUCAGAUUGGGAAGGAUAUUCGAGAAAUGAAGGAAGCACUUGGUGACUUGAAACAAAAUAAUGUAGUCACUAUGGAAAAGAAACAAAACACUACCUUGUCCCCAAAAUUGUCCUCAACAAAAGAAUCAAACAUGACAAAAUCUUUUAAGUUCAAUGGGGAUGUGAAAAUAACAAUCGAGAGAAUUCAUGAUAUUGAAUUCGAAGGAAAAUAUAUUUCCAAAUUUAAUUAUGAAAUAACCCUUCAAAUUCAUGAUAUUGUAAAUAGAAGAGUUACAUUGGUGGGCGAGGCAUGUAUUGAUGUUUCUCCUCUUUCUUACUCGUCUGAUAUUUGUGGUUGGUAUAACCUGUAUGACAGUUCUAGGCAAGAAAAAACAGGACAAAUACUCAUUCGUAUUACACCCCAACACAACCUUUCCACAAAUGCCUCAAACCCUCCAACAUUGGAUGAAUAUCCAUCCGAAAUAGCACCGGAUAGAACAGAAGGAAUAGAGCAACAAACAAAGAAAACUAAGCUAGAGGACAUACCUCGUACAGAAUAUUAUGAAUCUCCCCAUGUUAACUAUACAAUAGUGCCACAAUAUAAUAUUGAGGAAAUAUCAGUAACUAGUCCCGAAAAACGAAGAGAAUAUGAAAAGCUAUUUGAAACAUCCUUUUCAGAGAAUGAAUUUGAAAAGAAGAUUAGUAUUAGUCCUGAGACGUUUGUAUUUUCACACUCAUCCGCAUCAGGAUCCAACAGUUUAUUCGACGAUGAGGAUGACCUUGACAAGCAAAUUAAGAAGAGUAGCCCACGCCCACUCCAGAGAUAUGUUGUGGAAGACAUAAAAGAAGAGAAUGUAAAACCACCAGAGCAGGAAGAUCCUGCAACAAUUUUGACAGAUCCAUUCCUCAACACAAAUGACAUUCUCUCUCCUUCUCAAAUCAACGAUGAACCAAUUCAAAGGCUAUGCGAUCAUGUUAACAAGACACCUGAAAGUAUUGAAAUUGAGAUUUCUACCUCACAACAUGCUGAUGGAGAAUUUAAUAGUAUUAUUGAUUCUCUGAGAAGGCUUCAAACAGAAUUGAAAUCCUUUUCAGUGUUGCAAUAA